AACUAGUGGCAACAUUUAACCAGCGCAAAAUUAUUAAUAAUUUAUGAAACUGAAGACCUUACCAUCGUAAAUUUGAUGAAGAGAUCAUGCAGAAAUGUAAUUUGAACAACAUAGUACAUAAUCUGUCAUUGUAUCUUGAUAUUUAAAAGACUUUAAGUUUGAAUACACAGCGUUCAAACUCUACUCGCUACUACUCGAGACACGAACCUUACUUCCGGUGUAAACAUAAACACUGAGGACCAACUUAUUCCAUUUUUUACCUUUCAAGAUGAUGUUUUAUCAAGUAUGUGUUUUUAUAUUAACUGUAUCAUUACAUCAGCAAACAGAGCAGCUUAGGUUUAACAAUCUUAAUGUAGUGCCACAUUUUAACAUUAUUUCUGACAUAUUUUACUGUCAAAACUCGACAGGCACGUACAACGUAACCCUAGCGAACGACCUAGAUAUUGAAUUUCACUUCAUGAUAUAUUAUCACAUAAAACACAGCAGGCGAUGCCCACCAUCUAUCCCAGUUGAGUUUAAACAACGACAUCACAGACUUCUGAUACUUCUCGUCAUAAGUGGUGAUAUUUCACUCAACCCAGGACCAGCUAAACAUCCAUGCGGUCACUGCUAUAAAGCAGUUGCGAAAAACCACCGUGCAGUAUUAUGUGAGGCUUGCAACUACUGGUGGCACAUUAAAUGUGCCAAUAUUUCACCUACCAGUUACAAUGUUCUAUGUAACUCUGAAGAACCGUGGUUAUGCAAUGACUGUAAUUCAUUUAAGUUUACCAAUUCAUUUUUUGAUAUUUCCUUACAAAACUCUACAUGUAUGAACACUAGCAACUCAUCGUCAUCUUCAGAAAGUUCAGGGUCUGACAUCUUCACUGAACUUAGAGAAGCUAGGAAAAAGCAUAUAAACAACUUUCAUAUAUGCCAUUUAAACAUUAACAGUAUGCGGUACAAGUUUGAUGAACUUAAACCAAUUCUACUUGAUAAAAUUGUUGACUGUCUGAUUAUUUCUGAGACCAAAUUAGACUCUUCUUUUAAAGACUCCUUAUUUGAAGUCGACGGGUAUAAGCUACAGCGAAGAGACCGUACUGACCAUGGAGGAGGUAUAGCUACUUUCAUGCGAGCUGACAUACCAGCCAGAAGAAGACUUGACAUUGAAUAUAUACCUAGGGUCCGAACAACAACCUAUGGUAAGAACUCUUUUAAAUACACAGCUGCUGUUUUAUGGAAUGAUCUACCUGAUGAUUUUAGAAAAAUUGCUAAUUUUAGUCAGUUUAAAAAUAUUUUAAAGUCAUGGAAUGGAAAUGACUGUAAGUGCACAGUUUGUGCAGACUUUUAG